AGCAGCUGCGGAGUUGUAGAGUCAUGGCGGAGCUACGCUGCGAUUUAGAAGAUCAUUGGAGUUGAGGCGAUACUUUGCGAUGGAUUCUCAAACUUAAAAUGACCGAAAGCGCGUUAGAGUUACGGGCGCCGUUAGGCCACCUUCAAACCGUCUGAAACAGAAAACUGGCAAAGAUGUGAGACCUCACGAAGCCGAAGAAAAAGUCUCGCGAAAGUCUAUACAAAUAUGGCUUCUUGUUUCUUUCAAUUUCGCGCGAAAAACUCUCUGACAGGAACGUUUCCAGAGCUUUCUGUGGUUCUGUUGUAGAGGACUGGCCGGGCGCGAUGGAUCCGAAGCACAAAGAGUUGCUGGAGCAGUCCGAGCAGAAGUUGUCGGAGUCCGUCACAGAUGUGGAUCGGCUGCUGGAGCUGCUGGCCCAGUCCGGCAGUCUGAGCCCGGCCGAGCGCAACGAGCUGGACAAGAACUGCUCCAGCAGCGCCGACAAAGUCCAUCUGCUCCUCAAGAUGCUAGUGGAAAACAAGGAAAUCGAUCAUUUCCAGGAGCUGUGCUGGGCUCUGGAGAAAACUCAGCCGCUGCUGCUCAACUCUCUGCUGCCUGUGGACCACCACAACACGGGUUCCACGUACAGCGUUCUAUCAGUGAUGCCGUCUGACUCGGAGAGCAGCAGUUCCCUCAGCAGUGUCGGUGAGUCCACAUCCUCCCCUCCUCCUGCACACCUGGAAAAGCAUGUGAUGAGCGAGAAGCUGGAGACGGUGAUUUUCCAACUCAGACAGGUGACACGUGAACGAGACGACCUGCGCAAAAGACUGGCUCUCUCCUCACCCGGCACCACCUUUGACGACUGCAGGCCUAGUGUGAAGUCUGGUCACGAUUACGAGCGUCUGAAGCUUCAGUGUAUGAAGGCCAUGUCGGAUCUACAGUCUCUUCAGAACCAGCACACCAAAACCCUGAAGAGAUGUGAGGAGGCUGUGAGAGACGCAGAUUACUACCAUACUCUGCAUGGGCGUGUGGUUGGUGAACAGACUCAGCUGCGAGAAGAGAUGGGGGCCGUGAAGCAGAACUACUCACAGCUCCUGCAACAGCACUCACAGCUGCAGCAAACCUGCGACGAGCUGCGCCGUAUCCAUGACAGUGACCAGAGAGAGGUGGCAGACAUGCGCCUGCAGCAGCAACAGGUCAUGCGGGAGAACGGCUCGUCGGACCUGCUCAAUAAACUCUAUGACACAACCUUAAACAAACUGGAGGGCAUAAAGAAAGAGUACGACACCCUGAGAAAGCGCUACAAUGAGAAGACGGUGAGUCAUAAUGCAGACCUGAGCCGUCUGGAGAAGACAGAGGAGGAGAACAGACAUCUGCAGAAACAGCUGGAUGUUCUGCUGAAACAAAGAGACUCUGCAUUGCAUUACCAGCAGCAGUACAGCAGCUCAACCAGGAGGUUUGAGAGUCUCCAGCAGGAGCUGAAUAAGAUUUCUGCUCAGAACGAUGAGCUUCAGAGAGAAAUGGAGUGUCUUCAGAUGGAGAGUACACGCUACAAGACCCUGCAGCUGAAGGCCGUGAAAGAUGCGGAUAAACUGAAGGAAGAGAGAGAUUCUGUGUUAAAUGAGUACAGACUGAUCAUGAGCGAGAGAGAUCAGGUCAUUAAAGAGGUGGAUAAACUACAGACGGGGCUGGACGCUGCAGAGGCCAAACUCAAGAACACGUCCAGCGAGAGAAGUGUCGCUAGCGAAGAGAUUGAGGCGCUAAGACAGGAACUGAACUCUUCUCUGGUGGAUCGGGACCGGGCGAUCCGUGAGAAGGCUGAACUGCUGGAGAAAUACUGUCAUGAGGUGCAGGAUAAGGCUGAGACACAGAAGGAACUGAGCCAGGCCUGUAAGGACAUAGAGAUGGUGCGAGAGGAGCGGGACGUGGCCCGUAAAGAGAGAACAGAAGCCAUUAUACAGAGAGACCAGCUCCUGAGAGAGUAUUACCAGGCCAGACAGAAGCAGGACAGUGCGACGCUGGACAUGGAGCGUGUCAGUAAAGAGCUUGAUGUAUUGAGGAAACAAUGUGAGGCCGUGUCUGAGGAGCUGCAGGAGGCCGUGCAGGAUGCAGAAGUGGCCAAAUGCCGCAGAGAUUGGGCCUUCCAGGAAAGAGACAAGAUCGUGGCAGAAAGAGAGAGUAUACGGACGUUGUGUGAUAACCUGCGGCGUGAGAGAGACCGAGCUGUGAGUGAUCUUGCUGAUGCGUUACGUAACCUUGACGACCUGCGCAAACAGAAGAAUGACGCAGUGAGAGAACUGAAGGAGCUCAAGGACUGUAUGGAAGAGCAGUUGGAGAAGGAGGCACGGUUUCGUCAAUUGAUGGCGCACAAUUCUCACGACUCGGCUAUAGAUACAGACUCUCUGGAGUGGGAAACUGAGACGGUGGAGUUUGAGAGAAGUACAGAUGACUUGGAUUUGAGCGCUUUGGGGUUCGAUAUUGCGGAGGGGGUGAGCGACCCAUAUUUACCAGGAGAUUAUGGGAUAUUUGUGAGCAAGGUGGAUAAAGGAAGCAUUGUGGAGGGCAGGUUAAGAGUGAAUGAUUGGUUGUUGAAGAUAAACGAUGUGGAUCUGGCCAAUAAGGACAGGAAGCAGGUGAUAAAGGCCGUGUUCAGUGGGGGCGGAGUCAUCAACAUGGUGGUGCGCAGGAGGAAGUCUCUGGGAGGACGUACGGUCACCUCCGUUCAUCUUACAGUAGCAGGUCUCAAAGAUUGUGGUGUUGGGUUGGAGAGUGGUGUGUUUGUAUCAUCUAUUUCUCCAGGCAGUCCUGCAGCCAAAGAUGGAUCUGUGUGUCCGGGGGAUCGGCUUCUCAAUAUAAAUGGAAUUUCACUUGAUAAUAAGUCAGCGAGUGAAUGUGAGAAUCUUCUGCGGAGCUGCAGAGAAUCAGUUUCUCUUUCCAUCCUAAAGUUCUUUCCUCAGAGUUUGUCAGGUCAGAGUAUCGCUGAGAGCCCACGUGACUGCGAGAGGAACUCCAACGGGAAGUCGACAGACCAUCUGCAGCCCUGCAGGAAACAACCAAUCAGCAGCCACUCUCAUAAAGACAUGUACAGCCCCACCCGCGACGUCGAGAGCGAGCGCAGCCAGCGUGUGGCGCUGUAUCGCCCGGAACCCUAUCAUGAGAUCUGCUGUCCGCAUCCAAACUCUAAACGACCUCUGACAUUUCACCCUGUUUCCUCCGGUGACUGUACCACAGUAGAGGUGGGUCAGGACUGGAGAUGUGUCCCACAGAAGCAAAGUGGCGGCACUUGGCCCAAAAUGAUGGCAAUUGCCAUGACAACUGCCGAUAGCGUACCACCGCUCUCUAUUUUUAAGACUCGAACGAAGCGGAAGUCGAUAUUUGAAGCAGAUAUGUUUAAACGGCCAGAAACACCAUCCAAACUGGACUAUGCCAAUUUGUCCCAAAUGUCCAAACAUUCCCCACAGAGCUCCUGGUCAGAGGGGGCACCACAAAUCCCACCCGAUCCACCAAAACGCAGCGAUUCUUUCAAAUUCAAACACAAAGCGCAGGGAAGCUCCGCCUCCGAUUCAACCAUCACCACAGGCUCUCCCCCAGCCACGCCUGUUCAGACCACACCCUGUCUCGGUCUCGGAGAUAAACCCGAUCAUGAUGCUGAAGGUAGGGACCACAUUGGGAACGUUCCUCGGAGACAGGGGUCUGGCGGUGGAGGGCCGUUUAUGGAGGAAUUACCUGGACAGAGUGCAGAUGAACUAGAGAUGAGGAGAGGAAGACUGGACUCUGCACCCGCCCAACGCCGCAGUCUCACUCCCCUGAAGAUGCCAGUUCCACAGAGCAUCUCUCAUGAUGAACAUUCUCCUGAGCCUGUGGAUCUGGUUCGCUUCUCCCCAUUCCGUUCAAAUCGUCAUAGUACAGGCUUCUCACCUGCACAACCACAUGGCACUCCAAGAACUCUGUCUCCAUACCCUGCUGUCACUGCGGUGAUGAGAAACCCAGUGUACACAGCCUGGAGUCACUGUGUCAAAACCACUAAUACACCAUCUGCCCCAGGACACACAUACACACAAGUCAGUCCACAGCAUCAGGGCCGCUGGAGUGUGGAUCUCAACCACAAACGUUCUGGUGAAUUCUUCGACAGUUCCCGUGGAUCAGUACAUAAUACCAACUCCCUGCCCUCCACCGCGAGAAAAGGUUUGUCUCGGUAUCAGGAACAGCGCAUUAAAAUCCCCUCCACGCCUCGCUACGCCCGGUCUGUUCAGGGCUCAGACAGAGGAUCUCUGUCUCACUCCGACUGCAGCAGCCCCAGCCUUGUAACUCCGCCCCUCUCUCCUCUGGACGCCACCUCCUUCACCGGCAGCCAAUCACAGGGCUCCAUCUCCAUCCAGACCAGGCUGUCAGUCAGCCCUGUGCCUUUAGGAGACAGGAGAAGAGACAGGCCGUACAUAGAGGAGCCACGGUGUGUCACCAUCCCCAAAGGGGCGGAACCUCUGGGCAUUUCCAUUGUGGGUGGGGAGAAUGGAGGCAUUUUUGUUUCUAAGGUAACGGCGGGUAGCAUCGCUCAACAGCACCACCUGGAGUUUGGAGAUCAGCUUCUCGAGUUUAACGGUAUUAAUCUGAGGAACGCCACAGAGCAGCAGGCGAGACUCAUCAUAGGCCAGCAGUGUGACACCAUCACUAUACUGGCACAAUACAACCCGCACAUGUACCAACUGGGCAAUCACUCUCACUCGAGCUCCCGUAUGGAAUCGUCCAUAAGCUCUCACUCGACACCCGGAACACCCGACACGCAUUCCAACGUAGAUGCGCUCAGUGAACACGAUGAAGGCAACAUGGUCCCGCCCUCUAAACUGGCCACAUCCAGUCCUCACAGUGUCAUCAGAGACCGGAGUGAGGCCGGGAAACAGCCGGAGCCGAGGCAGGUGGUGUUGAGGAAGACACAGGUGGAUCUGGGCUUGAAGCUCUGUGGUGGAAACCUGACAGGUGUUUUCGUGGAGAGUCUGGAGGAGGACAGUCCUGCUUUAGGAGCUGCUGGUCUGCAGCCUGGAGACAUUAUAUUGGAGUGUAACUCAGUAAGUUUGAAGAAUAAAACCGCUGAGGAGGUUUAUCUAGAGAUCCUGAAACCAGCAGAGACCGUCACCCUCAGAGUCCAGAACCGACUCGAACACUUCAGGAGGAUUAAAGACACACCUGGAGAUGGAUUCUACAUCAGGGCGUUGUUUGACCAUGUUGGUGAGUUGGAGCACGAGUUGAGUUUUAAGAAGGAUGAUAUUCUCUAUGUGGACGACACACUGCCCAUGGGAAAUUUCGGCUACUGGUUGGCAUGGCAACUGGACGAGAAUGCUCAGAAAAUGGUGCAAGGACACGUGCCCAGCAAGUGCAUGAUUGACCAAGACUCGCAACGGCGAUUCAGCGUCACUGACAGCAAAGAUGACAGCGGUUCUGGUAAAACUCUAUCGGCCGUGGCACGUCGGUCGUUCUUUCGUCGUAAACUCAAACACAAGCGCAACAGCUCCAAAGACGGCCGCGAUGCCCCUGCGGCCGAUGCCAUCAGCACGGAUUCCAUGCCGUACAUGGAGGAUUGUUUAAGCGUGGCCUAUCAGCGUGUGCAGAAAGUGGAAUCGACCAAUCGCAGGCCGGUGUUGAUAUUGGGGCCUCUUGUCGAGCCAGUCAAAGACAUGCUGCUCAGAGGGGCACCUGGGAAAUACUGCCGCUGUUUACCUGAGGGAAUGAAGGCGACCCAGCAGGCCAUUGAGCGAGGGGUCAAAGACUGUCUCUUCAUCGAUUACAAGCGGCGGAGCGGACACUUUGAUGUGACCACAGUAGCGUCCGUGAAGGAAAUGACAGAUAAGGACUGUCACUGUCUGCUCGACAUCGCACCACACGCCAUUGAGCGCCUGCAUGUCGUAAACAUUUACCCCAUCGUCAUUUUCAUACGAUACAAAAAUGCCAAGCAGAUCAAGGAGCAGAAAGAUCCCGUGUAUCUGCGAGAUAAAGUGUCACAAAAACAUUCCAAAGAGCAGUUCGAAUCGGCGCAGAGGAUCGAACAAGACUACAGCAAAUACUUCACAGGUGUCGUCCAGGGCGGAAGUCUGUCCAGCAUAUGCACACAGGUCAUGGCCGUAGUGGACCAGGAACAGAACAAAGUUCUCUGGAUUCCCGACGGAACCACGUGAAUAAACAUGCGACUUUAGAACGGUCUACCACUAUUAAAGCAACACAUUCACCUGCAAACUUACAACACAGACACUCCUCUGCUGUAAACAACAGCUCUGAAACUCACUACAACACAACUAUGGCUGGGCGAUAUAUCGAAUAUUCAUGAUAUAGAUACACAAUGAUUGGUUGGCAAAUGUAGCAGCAUUGUGAAUAUCGCAAUGAUUCUCAUGUGCUUUUUAUCUGGCCACGAGCUUCCGGAAGACGGUGCCACUAGACUAGUUCUGUGAUCCUUCCUUGAGCAUCAAGACCGAGAUGCUUUAAUAAUGUCUCACUUAUUUCACUUAUUUAACGAAGUCAGUCCAGAAUCAGCUUUUGAGUUUUUAUCAUAUACGUUUUUUACGUUAAUCUGGAUUCCGACAUGAAAAUGGCUAUAGAAGCCGGAAUGGCGUUAAAAACAAACAUUCACACUUAAAGGAACAGUUCACUAAAAAAUGACAAUUCUCUCAUCAUUUACUCACCCUCAUGCCAUCCCAGAUGUGUGACUUUCUGUAUUCUGCAGAACACAAAUGAAGAUUUUUAGAAGAACAUUUCAGCUCUGUAGGUCCAUACAAUGCAAGUGAAUGGUGACCAGAACUUUGAAGCUCCAUAAAGCACAUAAAGAUAGCAUAAAAGUAACCCAUACAGACUCCAGUGGUUUAAUCCAUGUCUUUAGAAGCGACAUGAUAGGUGUGGGUGAGAUCAGAUCAGUAGAUCACUAUUUAAGUCCUUUUUUUACUAUAAAUUCUCUUUCCUGACCAGCAGGUGGCGAUAUGCAUGAAGAAUGUGAAUUGCCAAAAACAAAAGAAGAACUCUUAGGAGAGAAGAGCGCUUAGGAGGGCUGUUUGAAAGUGGAGAUAUAUAGUAAACAAGGGCCCACCUAUCUCACCCACACCUAUCAUAUCGCUUCAGAAGACAUGGAUUAAACCACUGGAGUUUUAUGGAUUACUUUUAUGCUGCCUUUAUAGAGCUUUUAGAGCUUCAGAGUUCGGAUUCACUUGCAUUGUGUGAACCUACAGAGUUGAAAUUCUUUUAAAAAUGUCAUUUUUGGGUGAACUAUCCCUUUAAGUAGCAAACAUGUUGUUGAUUCAUUUCUGUGAAUCAGCUCAAAACUGAAUCAGUUCUGAAUUAUUAAUCAAUUCAUGAGUGAUACAAUGAUUCGUUUGCAUCAUCACUUAAAUACUGUAUUUUCACAGAGUGUGUGGCAUUUUUCAUGUAUUCAAAUGUUUAGUAAAAUAUAUAUAUAUAUAUAUAUAUAUAUAUAUAUAUAUGUCAGUAAAUAUUGCUCUUUUUUACUUGUAUUAUGUUGGAGCAUAUGAAUGAAAAUAAUUAAAUUUAUCUCUUUCUUGAGUUCAUUUAGUGAAAAACAUGCCUUGAUUAUUUGUAACUACCGACAGAUUUUUCGUUGUUUUUUUUUUUUACCAUAUUUUACAUUAAAUGUUUUGAAUAUACAGUAUGUGGCAACAAUGGCUGAGUGGGUUAAAUGAUGGUUUCACUGAUUUAUUCUGUGUGAACUCAACCAGAAAUCCCCACUUUAAAAAUUAUUAGUAUUUUAUUUUUUUACUGGUGAAAUAAAUGACAAUGAAAGGCAAAAUACUGAAUGCCAUGGAUCAAUAUUUACUGAGUAAUCCUUCAUGUUGUGGGGGGUCAAAAUGAUCAUUUUUGCAGAUUAUUUUAUUUUAUUUUUUUACAUUAUUUGUACUUCAGACUUUUGUUUUGUUGGACAAGAAAAAUUAGCGUCAUACCACGAGUCCCACAGUUGGUUUUCGCCCAUUCAAAACAGAUAAAUUUACGCGCAGAGCCACAUUCAGAGCCCCGUAUCUCUGGGACUUAACCAUAUAUGGACUUAAAAAUGAGGAUACAAAAAGAAAAGUUUGUUCUGAACCAGCAUCUAAAAGGAUAUUCGGAUAUCUUUAAUACUUCUGGAGUUAUAGGCACUCCAACUUUGGAAAAAUGACACAAAAAUAGUGUUUUUCCCAUAUUUGGACUCACACCAUUGGUGUAUAAUGCAACAAGAGCUUCUGAAGUCAACUGAUUUUAGUUAUAGAUCUACCAAUCUCUGUGUAAAAAUAAAAUCAUGAUGCUGACUCCUUUCUAAGGUUAGAUUUUUGACCUGUAGUUUUGCGCCAAAAUCACAGGUGAAAAUUGUCAUUUUGGCCCCCCUCUACAAAAUAAUGGAUUAUUCAGUUAAUAUUAAAACCUUUGGCUUUCAUCAUCAUUUAUGUUCAUCUUUGUUCAGAAAAAGUAUUAACGAAAUCAAAAUUUUUAGCUGGGGACGUUCCUAAAACUUGGUUUAUUUGACGUAGAAUAACCCAAAAAUCAUCCUUUAAAACCAUUUCGGCCCAAAUACGUUUUGUCAGAUAUAUAUUGCAUAUCAUAUCAAGGCUGAAAAAAUGUCGCUAUAUUACCCAGCCCCGAACGCAACACAACACACAUGACCUCUCAGGCAGCGGUCAGCAGACGUGACCGAAAAAGCAAUAUCUCCCAAUCACUGUUUGAUUUGCUUUCUCUGUGGUAACACUAAUUUAUGAGGACUUUUCUGUAGUUUCUCAUGUUUACAGGGCUGAUGUUUAUGAAGCAGCUUACUUGAAUGUUUAACUUCAUGUAUCUGAUCCAAUCAGAGCACACUAAACCAAGUCAUCGGUGCAUGGUAGUUUGAAACACAUUUGCGUUUUCUGACGUUAAAAAUACUAUUACGCUUUUUAUCUGUUCUCUGUGUUGAAAGGUACGUUCAUCGUAAAAUGAAAAUUCUGUUCAUUUACUCGUAAAGAGAUAUUAGGCAGAAUGAACGAGCAGCGUGGACGUUGUUUGUGUUGCACGGAAGACAGUCAUACGGGUUUGAUGUGAGGGUGAAUAAAUGACCGUUUUCGGGAGGUGAACUGUGCCUUUAAGCUUUAAUGUAGCAGUUCUUGUAUUUUUUUUUUCCCCUUUAAGUGUACUUUAUUAUUUAAAUGCAAAAUGCAAUCUGCUGCAUGAUAAUUUUACUAUAUGCUCGGAUUAUUUUUACUGUCAAUUUAAUGUUUCAUUUUUAACUCUAAUUUAAAUGUAUUUGGGAGUUUACGUAUUAGGCAGCGCUAAAUUCUUUUUCUUAAAAUCUCAUCUCCUUCUCGAAAAAACAAGUGUGCCAAAUAAUUUCCUCUGCUUUGCCUGUAUUAUGCACUUCUACUUUAUUAAUUCAUUAAUCUUCAUUCAGGAACUACACAAGUCAUCCCGUUUACUUAAACCAGCACAUGUAAAACACAGCCAUCAUGCUUCACGUGAGUCGCACACUGUGACAUCACUUCCUGUUCUGCCCAAUGAAACGUGUCACCUCUGUAACAUGCUUUGAAAAAGUCAAUGUUCUUCCACUCAACAGGGAAAAUAUUAAAUUACAGCCUCGUAACUGCCAAUAAUGAUGCUGGUGUUGAAGUAGAGCAGAUAAUUACUGAAUAAUACUGAGUUUGUAGCUUAAAAAAUGUACAAUUCCACUUCUGUGUGACUUUAAUAGUAGUUGUGUUAUAUAACACCCUGGUACUGUCACAUUAAAGAACUCUAUGAGAAAAUACAUAUGAUUUUGUAAUUGUUGCAUUAAUAAAGACUAAAUGAAACAUGA